UGCCAUGUUGUAUGUCUGUACAUGCAGAUAUGUACUGGACAUGUAUGCAGAACUCCUUCAGUAAGAUUGGAGUAGUUACCAUCUAAAUUGGCAAUAAUAUUCAUGAUGAGCUUGAAAGGCCGAGUAUUUCGUGGAGCUCAUACACAGCUGGAUCAUCCCAAAACUGUAUGGAGCACAGAGUACGGAGUAUUCCGUACAUCCAUGUCAUUCAAAGUAGCGGCAAGCAAAACACAAAAGAAUCCUAAGCGCGGGCCUGUGAAACUGAUCCUAUGCCUGAUCAAUGGACGGUACUCCGUACAUAACUCUAUUGUGGGGGAUAAAAUUUCCGUGGACUCAUUCCGCCCAGGAUACACAACAGACGUGUGGUGUGGUUGUGGUGAGAGGAUAGAGUUCAGAGGUGGUUGGUGGCGUGCUAGCACAAGUAACUUGGUAAACAGCAGGUCGGACCCGGGAGUGAGAUGGCGAUGACGCUUUGGCCAAGUACUCAAAACUACAGCCGAGGGGCGGGUCAAACAUUUAAUCAAUCAGCACGCAACAGCACAGCCGUACAUUAGCAACACAGAGUUCACUUGUCGCCUGUUGCAAAUCUGCACCGUCAAUCGCAGCCACGU